GACACUGAGCUUUCCUCUGCAGACCUGGAGGCUGCAGUGGGGACUGCGGAUGCUGCAGGGGCUCCUUCAACAUGCCUGGUUCUCUGGGGCUGGCAGCCUGAGCGGGACCUGCAGACCGCCUUGGCCUUGGCAAGCAGAGCAGCUGCGGCCCCGAAGCGCCUCUGUGUGGAAAAGCAACCACUUCGCUUUCCAUUCUGCUGCCCGAGACGACGACAUCCUCCUCACACAGCCCCCAGGCUUCCAUGGAGAGCUCAGAUGUGGAGCUGGAUCUCCAGAGGAGCGUGCAGGCUGUACUCCGGGAGCUCAGCGCCCACGCCCCAGCCCUGCAGAGCAACCAAGGCAUGGGGAGAUGGUCCCUGCAUAAGAAGGUCGAGCGAGAUCCUGCAAAGAGCCCAGCGCUGGUCCGCAUCCUGCUCAGAGAACUGGAGAAGGCAGAAAGCGAGGACCUGCGACACGUCAUCAUUCCCUUGCUGCACACGCUAAUGUAUGUGCUCACGAAGGCCACGGGCAUCACGGAGGAGCUCUACCAGAGGACCUACACCUUCUGCACGAGGUUACUGACCCUGCCCACCCCCUACUGCACAGUGGCCUUGGACUGCGCUAUCAGGCUGAAGACCGAGACUGCUGUGCCAGGGACCCUGUACCAAAGGACGGUCAUUGCGGAACAGAGCUUGGUGAACGAGCUGUAUCCCUACCAGGAGAGAGUGUUCCUCUUCGUGGAUCCUGAGCUGGUAUCUGCCUCCGUGUGCAGUGCCCUGCUGCUGGAGAUCGAGGCGGCCCAGGAGCAGCAGACACCAGAAGCCUGCAUGCGCCACGUGGUCUCCCACGCCCUGCAGGCGGCUCUCGGGGAGGCCUGCCAGGCAGGUGUUCUGCACAGGAAGCUGCAGGCCAGCCCCCGCUGCACCCUGGAGCGCUAUUUCCACGCGGUGGUGGCAGCCGUGGAGCAGAUGGCGAGUGAGGCAAACCCGAGCCGGGCGGGAUACCUGGAGAGGCUGGAGGAGAUUUACAGCUCUCUGCUGGGGCCGGCGGCGGCCGCGGGGGGGCGCUGCGGCGGUAAGAGCGGGGGCCGGGUCUGCCGAGGCUGCGGGCCGCCGGGGGCGCCAGAGAGCAGCGCUGGAGCUGCCUGGAGUGGGCGCGCUCCAGGAGCUGCGCGGGGCGGGGAGGUGGCAGCACGGAGGAGCAGCGCAGGGACUUGGCAGGACUGGGGGCUGAGAAGGUGGGCGAUUCGGCGCGACCUGCUAGACCACCCCUUCCCCAUCUGUGCCACGGCCAAGGGCGUCUGUCCCCCACCUAGACUCGCCCUGUGCAUCUUAGCAGAGUGCCAGGGCAGGCCUGAUGGGUCUGGCCCUUCCCUUUAUCCCCAGGAGUCCGUGACCUCCAGGCAUCCUGAGCUGGGAGAGCUGGCUACGUUCCUGGGACGCGCGGAUCCUUGGUACGAGAGCACCGUGAACACUCUGUGCCCCGCCAUCCACAAGCUGGCUCAGAUGCCUCCCUGCCUGGACACGUCCCGAGCUGUGGACCCCUUCAUCCUGGAUGUCAUCACCUACUAUAUUCGCAUGGGCACCCAACCCAUCUAUUUUCAGAUCUACACGGUCAAGAUCUUCAAUGACCUGAGCCAAAACCCUACAGAGGACAUCUUCCUCUCUGAGCUGAAAGUGAAGAUCCAAGAGUCCAAGCUCCUCAAGGAUGGUUUUUCAUCCAAGAGGCGAGGCGUGGCCGAGGGUCCAGGCGCUGAGCUCUCCUUGUGCUACCAGAAGGGUCUGCUCAGUCACCGGCCCCGAGAGGUGACCAUUUCCCUGCGGGCCGCUGGGCUGGUCCUGAAGGCCAUUCCAGCCAGUGACACUGAAGUUUCGGGGCCCCCCCCCUGCCUCCCAACUGCCGCUCCUUUCACAGACCACACGUGUCUGAAUGUCAGCGUGACUGAGGUUGUCAAGUCCUCCAACCUGGCAGGAAGGUCCUUCUCUAUGGUGACGAACACCUUCCGGACAGCCAACAUCCAGAUCCAGAGCCAGGACCAGAGGCUGCUGACGCUGUCGCUGGACAAGGACAGCCGGCGCACGUUCAGGGACGUGGUCAGAUUUGAGGUUUUUCCCUGUCCCGAGCCAUGCUCUGGGUCCCAGAAGUCCAAGACGCUGUGGCUCAACUCACAAGGUCAGAAGGAGGUGGAAACAGCCAAAGUCAAGCCCAGACCUCUUCAGAUGCCCAUCAACACAUUCUCCGGCAUCGUCCAGUGAGACUGCAGGGGAGCCAAAGAGCUGGGUCCAAGAGCAGCAGGCAGAAGAGGUGAUACACUACCCGAUCAAGCCCCAGACACUCCCUCCAACAGCUGGAGAAGGCCUGACACCCCUUGGCAGCUUCCGGCCUUGACUAGGAGCCAGCAAGUGCCUGGGAGUGCGAGGAGGCUGAGCACGGAGGCCCAUGCGAGUCCAACGGGAAGAGAUGCAGCUGCCUGAGAGCACAUGCACAAAGUCAGCUUCUCACACCAAUGGCCAUUCCUCUGUUUAUUUUCAAGUCUCACUUCUCCCACCCAAGAGCCCCACCUGGCUCUUGAAACCAAAAUUAGAGCUGCUGUUUGGGCCAGAGCCCUGUGGCCUGGGGAAAAUGGGAAGCAGGUAAAGGCAACGGCACGGCCUUCUUCCCACGUCUGGUCCCUUCCUGCUGCCAGUCCACUGCCCACCUCACCCAUUCCCAGGAAGGGGUUCCUCCCAGUUGAGAGGAAAAUGUCGGAUUCAAUAAAUGCACACUAAGGUGUUUCUGC